AUGCCGUCCUACACCGUCACCGUGGCCACCGGCACUCAGUGGUUCGCCGGCACCGACGACUACAUCUACCUGAUCCUGGAGGGCACCGCGGGCUGCAGCGAGAGGCACCUGCUGGACAAGCCCUUCUACAACGACUUCGAGCGGGGCGCGAUCGACUCCUACGAUGUGACAGUGGCAGAAGACCUGGGAGAAAUCCAGCUGCUAAAAAUUGAGAAGCGAAAGUACUGGGUUCAUGACGACUGGUACCUCAGGUACAUCACUGUGAAAACGCCAGUAGGUGACCAUCUGGAAUUCCCAUGUUACAGAUGGAUUACAGAGGAUAAAGAGAUUGUCCUCCGAGAUGGAAGAGCAAAGCUGCACCGGGAUGACAAGACUCAGAUCCUCAAGCAGCACAGACGCAAAGAACUUGAAGAACGGCAAAAAAUGUAUCGAUGGAAGGAAUGGCAUCCCGGCUUUCCUUUAAGCAUCGAUGCGAAUUGUCACAGUGACUUGCCUCGCGACAUCCAGUUUGACAGUGAGAAGGGAGUCGAUUUCGUUCUGAACUACUCCAAAGCGAUGGAGAAUCUCUAUGUCAACCGCUUCAUGCACAUGUUCCAGUCCUCCUGGAGUGACUUUGCAGAUUUCGAGAAGAUCUUUGUCCGAAUCAGCAAUACAAUCUCUGAAUACGUGAUGCAGCACUGGCAGGAAGAUUUUAUGUUUGGAUACCAGUUCCUGAAUGGAUGCAAUCCUGUAAUGAUCAAAAGAUGCAGAGAGCUACCCAAAAAGCUUCCAGUUACCACCGAUAUGGUGGAAUGCAGCCUGGAAAGGAACCUGACUCUGGAAGAGGAAAUAAAGCAAGGGAACAUUUUCCUAGUGGACUAUGAACUGCUGGAUGGUAUUGAUGCCAAUAAAACAGACCCAUGCACAUUACAGUACCUGGCUGCACCCAUCUGCUUACUGUAUAAGAACAUGGAGAAUAAGAUCGUUCCCAUUGCUAUCCAGAUCAGUCAAAUCCCCGGACCAGACAAUCCCAUUUUCCUCCCAUCAGAUGACAAAUACGACUGGUUAUUGGCGAAAAUUUGGGUUCGCUCUUCGGAUUUCCACAUGCAUCAGACUGUGACCCAUCUUCUGCGGACACACUUAAUUUCAGAAGUGUUUGGUAUAGCCAUGUUCCGGCAGCUGCCUGCUGUGCACCCCCUUUUCAAGCUCCUGGUACCCCAUGUGCGCUUCACAAUAGCCAUCAACACCAAAGCCCGAGAGCAGCUCAUCUGUGAAUGUGGCCUCUUUGACAAGGCGAAUGCCACUGGCGGAGGUGGACAUGUGCAAAUGGUCCAGCGAGCAACAAAAGAACUUACCUACAGUUCCCUCUGCUUCCCAGAGGAAAUCAAAGCCAAAGGGAUGGACAGCAAGGAAGAUAUCCCAUAUUACUACUAUCGGGAUGAUGGCAUCAAAGUCUGGGAGGCAAUAAAGAGCUUCAUGACAGACGUGAUUGACAUCUACUACGAGAGUGAUGAGGUCGUGUGUGAGGACCUGGAGCUCCAGGCCUUCGUCAAGGACGUCUAUGUCUAUGGAAUGAAGGGCAACAAGUCUUCAGGAUUUCCGAAGACAAUCAAGACCCGCGAGAAGCUAUCGGAAUAUCUAACUGUGGCAAUAUUCACAGCGUCAGCCCAGCACGCGGCUGUGAAUUUUGGUCAGUAUGACUGGUGUUCCUGGAUUCCCAACUCCCCUCCGACCAUGCGGCAGCCUCCCCCUACAGAAAAGGGGACAGUCACAAUUGAGCAGAUUGUGGAGAGCUUGCCAGACAGGGGUCGCUCUUGUUGGCAUCUUGGAGCUGUCUGGGCCUUGAGCCAGUUCCAGGAGAAUGAACUGUUCCUGGGUAUGUACCCAGAUGAGCACUUCGUAGAGAAGCCGGUGAAGCAGGCCAUGAUGAAAUUCCGCAAGGAUCUCGAUGAGAUCGUCAGCGUCAUCACUGAACGGAACAAGAACAAAAAACUACCCUACUAUUACCUUUCCCCAAACCGCAUCCCCAACAGCGUCGCUGUCUGA